AUGGAGGUCACAGGACAAGGGGGACACGCGCGGGUUUGGGGACACGCGCGGGACAGGAGGGUGGCGCGGAACGCGCCCGCCACGGAACGUCUCCGCUCGGGUGCGGGGGGUCCGGAGGGGUCGCAUUCCGGAGCGGCCCCGCCCUCCCCGCUCAGCCAAUGGGCGGCGCGCGUUGCCCGCGGCCAAGAUGGCGGCGGCGCGCCCCCUGAAGGCGCUCCGGGCGGCGCCGCCCGCGAUGGCGGCGGCCGGCGGGGGCCCGUAGGGGCCAUGGGCAACGCCGAGGGCCGCGCUCCGCGCCGGGCCGAGCCCCGCGGAAACCCCGGCAGCUUCGAUGAGCUGCACCGGCUCUGCAAAGAGGUGUUCCCGCCGCAGAUGGAGGGGGUGAAGCUGAUCGUCACCAAGACCCUGAGCAGCCACUUCCAGGUGACACACACGGUGCACAUGAGCACCCUGGGCCCCUCCGGCUAUCGUUUCAACGCCACCUACGUGGGGGACCGCCAGCUCGGGCCCACCGAGGUGUUCCCCACGCUGCUCGGGGACAUGGACAGCGCCGGCAGCCUCAACGCUCAGGCCCUGCACCUGCUGGGCGAGCGCCUCCGCGCCAAGGCCGUGUUCCAGACGCACCAGGCCAAGUUCGUGACGUGGCAAUUCGACGGCGAGUACCGCGGCGACGACUGCACGGCCACGCUCACGCUGGGCAACCCCGACGUGCUGGGAGGCUCCGUGAUCGUGGUGGCCCAUUUCCUGCAGAGCGUCACCGCCCGCCUCGUGCUGGGCGGCGAGCUCGUCUACCACCGGCGUCCUGGCGAGGAGGGGGCCAUCCUCACGCUGGCCGGCAAAUAUUCAGCCCCCAACUGGGUGACGACGCUCAACGUGGGCUACGGGGGGGCUCACGCCAGCUACUACCACCGGGCCAACGAGCAGGUGCAGGUGGGGGUGGAGCUAGAGGCCAACACGCGGCUGCAGGAGACCAACUUUGCCUUCGGCUACCAGCUCAACCUGCCACGAGCCAACGUCGUCUUCAGAGGGCUCCUGGACAGUAAUUGGAGCGUGGGGGGGGUCCUGGAGAAGAAGUUGCCCCCCUUGCCCGUCACGCUGGCCCUGGGCGCCUUCCUCAACCACUGGAGGAACCGAUUCCACUGCGGCUUCAGUGUCACCGUGGGCUGAGGGGACACUGGGGACAGCAGGGACAGCGUGGCAUUGUCCUGCUCAGGGAGCCACCGGGCCGGGCCGUG